AUGGAGCCGGCGGCGGGCGAGGGGGCACAGCCUGGGCCGGUGCCGGCAGCCGGUGGGGAGGGCUGUGCCGGGCAGCGGGACCAGAGCGAGACUGCGGGGCCGGGGGACCCCGGGGAGCCGCUCCAACGCUGUGGAGAGGAAUCUGCUGCUGCCUGGAGAUGCUGGGAGCUGCCACGGACGGAGGAUGCCAGGGAGCCGCUCCUGCCCGGGCAUGAGCAGCCGCCUGCCCUCGGUGCCUCCCUGCCUGCGGGGCAGGACCCUCCCCGCGGGGAGAGCCCACGGCCCGGCUCCCAAAGCGUCUCCAGCUCCAUCCUGAGCCUCUUCGGCGAGGCAGAGAAGGCCCCGAGCGGCGGCGGGGCGGGGGCAGCGGAGCCGUGCCCGGUGCUGGCGGGCGGCGAGGACGAGUGCCCGAUCUGCACGGAGCCCUACGACGAGCAGCGGCACAAGGCGGCCGUGCUGAACUGCAGCCACGGGCUGUGCCGGGCCUGCCUGCGCGCCAUCAUGGACACGGCCACGGGCGCCGAGCUGGGCCGCGUGCGCUGCCCCAUCUGCCGCCAGAAGACGCCCAUGCUGGAGUGGGAGAUCUGCAAGCUGCAGGAGGAGCUGCUCCUGCUGCACGCCCAGCCCGGCUACCCCGCAGCCCUGGCCACCCCCCGGCCCCCUGCCCUGCCGCCCCGGCGCCCGGGCCUGGCCGGCGCCCUCGAGCAUCGCUUCCAGGUGCGCUUCCACACGAGCCGCAUGUUCGGCUGCCUGCCCUGCGUGCGGUACCCGCCCUGCCUCAUCCGCGCCCUGGCCCGGCUGGAGCGGCGCUGCCGCUGCUGCUACCUCCUGCUGCUGGCGCUGCUGCUGGCCGCAGAGAUGCUCAGCCUGCUCCUCAUUUUCCUCCCCAUCCUGCUCAUGGUGAUGCUCUUCCUCAUCCUCGACAAAUAGCACUGGCUUUGUGCCCUCGGGCUGAGCGUGCGUGGGGAAGGAGCCCGGCUCCGGCUCUGCCCGCGGCCGCGGUGCCAGCGGGGAGCAGGCC